AUGACUUCAUUUCUGUCCAGAUUUGCUAUAAGUGUAUUUAAAAAUACAGCUCCAAAAAGUUUUACAUUUACUUCUGUGCCGGAAAUUGUACCACCGAUAAAUAAGUUUAUAAAUAAUUUAUUUUGUACUAAACCACUUUGUAUUGUAAGGAAUUACAGCGUAGAUGCUAUUCAGCCUCCUUUAGCAGUAGAUAAUGCAAGUAUACCUUUAAAAAAGAAGACAGUUUACAAAAAAGCAGUCUUAGAGGAAGUAAGCCAAAAAGAGGGUCAUUAUUUAACAUUGGCUUAUGCAACCGCAAAUUCCUAUGACCUAAAAGGUCUAAAGGAAGCUUUAAUACAGCAGAAGCUGUAUGAGCCGGGCACAUUAAAAACACAAGAAGUGGGUGAUGUAGUGGUAGCAAAUGCAGUUUAUUCUGUUGGAGAUGAACCAAGACAGAUAAUCUUUUUCAAAGAGGGUGCUGUUGUAUUCUGGAAUUGUACUGAAUUGGAGGCUAAAAAUGUACUGGAUUUUGUUAGACCAUUUGAAAUUGAAAGCUACCCCCUGGAAGUGGUACACAAAGAAAGAGAAAUCAUGACCUAUUUCUAUCAACCUAAUGCGAAGAGCUGUCAUCUACAAGAGUCAUGUUUUGUGCUGGUUGAAAAUGGAGAAAAUUCAUUAGAGAAGUACACAUUCAGUCAUGCAAUGGUCCAGUCAGUUCGUCUGGGAGCUUGGGAGGCUCGACUUGAGACUUUGGCAUCCUCGAUCAGAUCACACACCGCACUAAUGGAAUCUGAGGGUGCGGCACGGGUUGAAAAGAAAGAGGUUGUAAGAAAAUUGGGUGAACUCUUUUCUCUUCGGCAUCGGCUAACAGUUGAAUCAGAUCUUUUAGACACACCAGACUUCUACUGGGAAGAGGAGAACCUGGAAAGGCUCUACUCAAAUACAGUCGCAUAUUUCACGAUUCCCAGACGAACGAGGGUAUUAAACGAGCGUCUAUCUCACUGUGUGGAACUUCUGGAACUUUUAUCAUCAUGGGCAGCUGAUAGGCAUCACGUAAGGCUGGAGUGGAUGGUAAUAGCCCUUAUCCUAGCUGAGGUCUGCUUUGAACUGCUGCACUUCUUCGAGAGGUAUAUUGCCAGACAUGAUGUAGAAAUAGCUCAUUAA